AAACGGCACAGCAGGACCCCUGUCUGAGGGCUCAACCGCGCCUAACCCCUGCUUCAGAGUUUUACAACAAAGGACAACAACUCGGAAAGUGUUUUUCAGUGGACUUACAUGGGAAUUUAACACUGGACUGGAAGAGAACAAAGGGGAGGGACGGUCUGAGCUGAUGGACUCGGAGAUGAGAUAGCGCUCAUAACCGAACCCAUCUCCCCAUCCUUCCUUCCCCGUGGUCGGACGGACGGUUCUUUUUCUUUCCGGAUGAUGUAACUGUUUUCUGACAGACUGAGCCGCUCUCGAAGUGCUCAAAUUUUUUCCUUUAAAUAUCAGAGCGCGGUGAUAUUCCGAAGACGAGCCGCAUCCUCUGGUUUUAGGAGCCCACGUCCAGGUUUCGGAGAAGGGGCUCUGCUCAGCGGGACGUUGCGCAGUGCUCAACUGGCUGUUCCCCGGGGUCGGUGAGCGGUGGUGCAGUCAUGUGGCAGAGGAUUCAGAUUUGCUGCGCACUGUUUGCACUGUAUUCAGCGGCACCGCCUGCACACAUCAACCGCCUGGCGCUGUUCCCUGACAAAAGCGCCUGGUGCGAAGCCAAGAACAUCACACAGAUAGUCGGGCACACGGGAUGUCAGCCUCGCUCUAUUCAAAACAGAGCUUGUCUGGGCCAGUGUUUCAGUUACAGCGUCCCCAACACGUUCCCACAGUCAACUGAGUCUCUGGUCCACUGUGACUCCUGCAUGCCUGCCCAGACACAGUGGGAAGUGGUCACUCUGGAGUGUCCCGGCAGUGAAGACUCUCCUCGUGUGGAUAAGCUGGUGGAGAGGAUCUUUCACUGUAGCUGCCAAUCCUGCAGUAAGGAAGGCGCCCAGGAGGGGGCGGUGAUGCAGCUGUAUCCAGCAGACAACGGCUUGGAUGCUCCGUCUUUAUCUGACACCCUCAGCGGGGCCCAGUCUCACCCUUUGCCCCAUUCAGACACACACUCUAAUAAGCAUGCUCACCCGCACACAGACCACCACACACUACCACACACAUCAGACGGAGGGUAGCUUUGUCAUCCUCUUCCUGCCACUUUGCUCAUCUCUUCCGCCUCUUCCGCUCUCCUGCACACUGCAUUGUUUGUACCAAUCUGUAGUAUUGUAAAGGCACUUUGAAAAUAAGACUUCACUUUGUGUUAAAACGUUUCUCUAAAGGCACACACACGCACGCACGCACACACACACACACUCUCACAAAGUCAUGCUAUCAGAUUUCACUCUAUUGUAUAUAAACUCAUACAAACACACCAGCCUGUGCACUCUUUUGUUUGCUGAUUAACACAUGCAUAUGUGUGCAUUUGAGCAUCCAGACAUGACUAUAGUCUGUUAAUAAGCUGUAGUCUCAUUACUUUUAAUCUGCUUUCAACGCAAUAAAUUCUGUUGUUGUUAUAACUGCCUUU